AUGAAGCGUUCGACGCGUCGCGAGCUUAGAAAGCUGAUAGAGAUAGAUUUGGAGGAAAAAGAUCAAGUUUCGACAGCGAUUAAAAGUGAAAACACGGUGUUAAAAAUGGAUACCGCCAAAGCGUCGACCACACCAACGAGUCUCCACGAUGAUCUCGUGAACAUGAUGAAGACGCAAGGCAUUGUUUGUACGCCAAAUAAACCAGAAUUUGAAAACAAAUUGUUGUCGGCAGCCAUGACACCUUUUAGUCCCUCAUUCAGCAGCCCAUCACCCGGGAAAAAAAGGAAGUAUCUUAAGAUCAAUAAAGGUUUGCGCCAUUUUAGCAUGAAAGUAUGUCAAAAAGUGGAAGAGAAGCAUGUUACAUCAUACAACGAGGUUGCUGACGAGCUGGUUCGCGAGUUUAUCACCAUGCGACCAAAUGAUGCGGUAUACGAUGAAAAAAACAUUCGUCGACGUGUUUACGAUGCGCUUAACGUACUAAUGGCCAUGGACAUUAUUUCAAAAGAGCGAAAAGAAAUUCGAUGGAAAGGGUUGCCAUCGAAUCUGCAACACGACACAGAAAUGCUUCUGAUAGAAAGAAAGGAGCGCAUGCGGAGUGUGGAGCAAAAGAAGCAGCAUUUGCAAGACCUGCUGGUACAGCAAGUUGCAAUGAAAAAUCUUAUAAAACGAAACGCCGAACGCAAGCGAAAAGAAAUUGAUGACUUUGCAUCAGCUACAAUCGUUCGCGAUGAAGGCCGAGUGUUCUUGCCAUUUAUUGCAGUAAACACUAGCAAAGACACUGUGAUUCAGUGUGAGAUGUCAGAAGAUCGGCAAGACAUUUUUUUUAACUUUAGUGCGCCUUUUGAAAUCCACGACGACGCAGACAUCUUACAGAAGCUUAACUUACACAAAGCAGCGUAUGCUGAUUUAAAGCAAAUGGUGCCCGAAAAAUUGCUAUCUUAUCUCCCAGCCGAGUGUGAAAUGAAGAGUGAGGAGUAA